GUGAGAUAUUUCGACGCUCGUCUUUUAUCCAUACAUUGAAGCAAGUGGACAACUUCUUAACAAAACAGUAAAUGAAAAUAAAAAUAUGAAACCUUAUUACAGAAGGUGUCAAAGAACUAUGAAGUAUGAACUUUGGUAGGAGGAGCGCAAAAUGGCGAGGAUCGUGAAGUGUAUGAAUUAUGUUUCUAGGUUAUGUCUGUAACUUUACGUUAAAUAAUUACAUUACAGUAGGUUUAAUUGUGAGUUUGGCAUAUACUUGUAAUAUCCUUCUGAAGACAAUCAACUAUGAAAAAUGACAAUCGCGAGGUGUAUGAUUUCUUUCAAACCAUAUACAAAGUUCCCUUAUUUAGAUGAUUGUAAAUAUUUGAAACUCCGCCUCAUAAAUACAUCACGCCCCUAUUCUAAACGUACCGUGAAAACAGAACUUCAAAAUGGUUUUCAAUUUGGACCACUUGCAACCUUGGAUGAAAAGAUUAAAAGUGGCGAACUAAUUCAUGAUGAAUAUCAAAGAAAAGUUGUUGAAAAGCUGCAGAAAGUUUAUGACGACAUUGAAAGCUAUAGUCCACCCGAAAGUGGCGUCUUCAGUAGAUUCUUUAAAGGAGCCAAGAGAAAAAUUCCUAAAGGUCUCUACAUUCAUGGAGCAGUUGGUGGAGGAAAAACUAUGCUUAUGGACAUGUUUUACGAAUGUUGUAAGACAGAAGAUAAAAGACGUGUUCACUUCAAUGCAUUUAUGUUAGAUGUUCAUGCAAGAAUUCACGAAGUUAAGAAGACAGUGGUGAAGUCAUACGAUACCACAAAACCACAGCCAUUUGAUCCUAUUGCUCCUGUGGCUAGAGACCUAAGUAACAAAGCCUGGUUGUUAUGUUUUGACGAGUUCCAGGUUACUGAUGUAGGUGAUGCAAUGAUACUCAAGCGGCUGUUUGUAGAACUUUUCAACAAUGGUGUAGUGGUUGUUGCAACAAGUAACAGAGCUCCUGAUGAUCUCUACAAGAACGGUCUUCAGAGAUCGAAUUUUGUACCCUUCAUUGGUGUACUGAAAGAACGCUGUGAAAUAGCAAAUCUUGAUUCUGGAGUGGACUAUCGUCUGAAAUCAAUUGCUGACAAAGAAAAAACAUACUUUGUGAAAACUGAGUGUGAUGCAAACAAACAGCUGGAUAUUAUCUUCAAACUACUAUGUUCACAAGAAAAUGAUAUAAUCCGUCCACGAACACUUACAAUACUGGGUCGAAAUGUGACAUUCAGCAAAACUUGUGGACAAGUGAUCGACUGCACAUUCAGCGAAUUGUGUGAUCGACCCCUGGGUGCGAGUGAUUACUUGCAGAUUUCUCGUGUCUUCCAUACUGUUCUGAUCCGUGACGUCCCCCAGCUGACUCUCAAGCAGAAGUCUCCUGCGCGUCGAUUCAUAACCUUGAUAGACACGUUGUAUGACAACAGGGUGCGUGUAGUGGUUUCUUCAGAUGUACCUCAUCGACAAUUGUUCUUGACUGAGCAGUCCGUUGAUCAGAUGUUGGAUGAGAAUCGUGCACUGAUGGAUGAUCUCAACAUACAAGUUGGAUCAGAAAAUGCUUCUGCUAACAUAUUCACUGGUGAGGAAGAAGUAUUUGCCUUUGAACGCACAGUUUCUCGACUGUCUGAGAUGCAAACCAGAGAAUAUUGGGAGCAGUGGGAAAGGCAUAGAUAGUCACAUGUGCCACAUUACACUACAGUUCCGAGUAUCAUACCUCACUUAGGAGGAAUAGUCAAUUGUAGUGCCAUCUGUGUUUGCUGGAAUGUAAUUUGAUUGUUUGCAUAUAGUCUUUUGUGCAGUAUGUGCAGACACAUUUAGCAGACUAGGUGGCUGCUGAAAGACCACAGAUGAGUUUUACUGAUAUAAAAAAGAUGUAUAUAAUAACUUAAUUUAUUAUUUAUUUAUUGUUGUGUGCAGCAUAUAAUGUAUAUUUUUAAAAAUAUUUUAGAGUGAGACUGGUUGCAUUUGGAAGUAUCCAAAUCAUACCUGAAAACUUGUUACCAUCUUACAUGUAAGUAUUAGCCUGUAAAUACACAAAGGAAAAAAGUGUAACUGGUCACACAAUUUGUAAUUAACACUUUUUGAGGCAAUUUUUUUUGUAUCUUCAUGUUGUUGUAAGUACUCAGCACCUUUUACCUGGAUACCACACUUCUAGUUAUUGUGCUAUGUUUUUAAUUGUGUAAAAGUUUGUUGAACAAACAAAGGCUUCAGAAUAAGGUUCUAACGACAGAUUGACCAUUUGCAUUUUAUUGGUUACCAUCUAAUAUAUCACUUUUUGUUAUAUACACUGGAUGAUAAGUUUGCCCUUCCUUUACUGCUGUGAGAAAUUAUCUAUAAUACUUACCACUGUAAUAUUGUAUGAGAAGAUGCAUAAACUUCAAGCAAAGUACGUUGUCUGUGAUAGCAUCUCAUUAUUUUUUGGUUAUAUUGUUGUUUUACCAGCUGCUGGUUCAAGUGAUAGAAAGUAAAUAAACAAGUAAGGUAUGGUCUUGAAGCAGAAGUAAAAUGUUCCUAAAUGUGUUCCAUGUACUUCUCAUACAUCACCAUACUGUGUUGUCACCAUAUUAUAUGUUCUUUAGUUCUGCAUCAGUGAAAACAUUGAGAAAUGUCAACACUGUAAAAUUAGUAAUUGAGAAAGUAUGUAUGAAGUAUAUAUUCAUUAUUAAAUUACAGUUACGAACAAGAAUUUGUAGUUAAAGAUACAGCAAGAAUGACCACUGUUGGUGUUUCACUGUGACAUUUACUCACACUACUGAUGUGUCAGGGAUAAAUCAGUGUUACAUGGUCUAGCUAACAGUGUUAUGUAGAAUUUUACUAUUUUCCCAAAGUCAGUAUAUAUUUAUUGCAUCUGCUGUGAAAGAUGAAAAAAUCAACAUGGCUAGUCUCUCUGAACUUCUGGUGUAGACUCAAAUGUGAGUAAUGUAGCAAUAUCCAAAGCAAUGACUUUACUUUCAUCAAAUUACUAGACUGCUUCAGUAAUGUGGAUGCAUCAUGAAAGAAGUUUAAUUAUUUCCAUGUACACUUUUCAAGUGUUAUGUUUCCACUUGAAUGACAAUAAUAUGAACAAAUAAAUUAUUCCACAUUGCCUAUUACUGAUAAAUUCUAGUUAAGUCGGUCAGUUUGCUCACUGUCUUAUCAGUUUGUAGACACCUGUAAGCUGUAUUUGUUUCACAAAGGAUUUGGCAGCAGUUUGUGUGAGCCAUUGACAUAUAAUGAUUUUGCACUAAACUACAGCAGAAACUCACAAACUUCCCAUUAACAGCCAUUCUUAUAAUAUACAAAUGGAUCUCAUGCAUUGAUACAAAUUGUCUGCUAUGGAGCUGAGGACUAACUUUGCCAUAAACAUUUCUCAUCAUAUGUAUAGUCUGGAGGAGUAGGGAAACAGGCAAGAGUAGCAGAAGACAAGUAUCUUCUUUUGAGUUCUGGUAUGUCUUAGUCUUAGCUUGUCACUAAUGUUCUAAUCUAGAUGCACCUCAUUAACAAAAAGUGAAGAGAAACAACUAAAGUUGAAAUAAUGCAAUCCCAUAAGAGAACAUGUUUCUGUUAUAGUCUUCAUUUUUCUUUUCUAACACAGUCCCAACAUCACAUCUGCAUUUUUUUCUUUUUGCAUGUUAGACAUUAUGAAAAAUGCUCACUCGUAAUGUGAGUAAUUAUCAGUUAUACUAGCACCAAUAGAUGAUUUUAUUUUUUUUAAAAUCAAUGGAUUGAUGUAUGUGAAGUACAUAUUCUAUUGUCUUGAUCUGUUCCACAAAUAGUAUUAAGCACUUUUAGUUAGUGUUAAUAAUUUAAAACUAUAUUUGUUGUUCUGUAUUAUAAGAUUGGUUCAAAAGAAGUGUCUCUUUGAAACUGUUAUGUAGGCAAAUUGUGUACUUAAAGAUAAGUAGUCAGAUAUGUGAACAGAGUGAUGGAAAAAUACCUAUAAUACAUGCCACAGCUUAAACUAAUAAUACUUGGCAGCAUGCUGUAAAGCCUAGCUGUUUGUCACAAACUUUCAACUUUAUUGGUAGUUGAAUGUAUAAUCAUUAGAAACAUUCAAGGUUACUAGUGAAAAAUCAAAAAGGAAACCCAGUACAGUGCAAAAAGCGACAUUUGCCAUUCUUGUUAUGGAACAGAUAAUGCUGAAGUUCAUAUCCAGUUCAAUACUCAAAACUUAUUAGUUUUUCUCAACGCUUUGUGUAAAGAUGGCAGUGGAGAUUCACAAUUUUAGAAUCUUCUUCAGAAUAGUAAGAGGGACAUUCUGUCAUUGCCAAUCAAAGCCUCAAAAUUUUUAGGAGGUAAGUUGUCCUUAAGUGUACCAUUUCUAUAAACUCAAACUAUAAUGAUGAUUUUUUCCCUGGCAUUAGCUGUGAU